AUGUUAAUGCCAAAAAGCGACAGAACUAAGAUCUACCAGUACCUAUUUCAGGAGGGUGUUUUGGUCGCAAAGAAGGACUUUGAGAUUCAGCAUGAUGACAUUGAGACCAGAAACUUGUAUGUUAUCAAGUCGAUGCAGUCCUUGACUUCCAAGGGUUACGUCAAGACUCAGUUCUCUUGGCAAUACUAUUACUACACAUUGACCGAUGAGGGUUUGGAAUAUUUGAGAGAGUGGUUAAACGUUCCUGAAGGAAUUGUUCCAAAGACCUUGUUGGUUGAUGCUGUUCCAGAGAGAGCUCAGGGAAGAAGAUUCAACCCAAGAAGAGGUGAUGAUGAAGGUUACAGAAGAAGAAACAGAGAUUAA